CUUCCUUUCAGCCAGGAAGGUUGAGCCUUGCACUUGCUUGCUCGUCACUUCCAAUUUGUCCUGGUUCAAGUCCAUCCUGAAGUAAAGAGACAGCUCAUAAUACCCAGAAGGAAGAAUAAUGGUCAUCUGCCUGCCCGCCUGACGUGGGAUGGGGAUGUCCCGGAUCAAUGGAAUGUGACCAUGCAAUAAUCGGACCAUUAUUUUUAUUCUUGUUGACCGUACCUUUACACUAAUAUUGUGUGUCCUUUUUUCCCUUUGCUUGCCUGUGAUCCUUUCCACACUUUUUCGGCCGGAAUAGUGGUAUCAAACUGUGAGUUUGAGCGCCAGCAAAGUGGCUUUGCGGACUGGUUGAGCUCCCUUGGAAUGUCAAUAGCUCGACACCAUGAAGGUUAUUUCUCCCUUGAGGGUCAAAAAACGGGAUGAGGAAGAGCUGGCCUUGAAUCCCGUAUUUCGGGCUCUAAGGAAGCAGCUGGGUGAAAACAUAAGGCUCAGGUGAGUGUCAUAAUAAUAGGCUUGUUUUCCGGCAAAGUUCUCCCGGGCUGAUUGAUCGCCCUCUAGGUUCUGUCCUGCUCAUGAACCCAACGUUUCUGCGGAUGAAAAGAAAGUCUUCGAGUUACACCGAGACAUACUUCAUGCUGUAUUCAUGCCCUUGAAGCAACUCAUCAUCCACGCAACCGACAUAGCAUCCCGUUCGCUCCCAGAUUAUCUUGUAUCAGACCCAGAGCUGGCUUUCCACGGUGAAGCACGCAACGCAUUUACAUGGCUUCGCUCUAUUAUUACCGACGAGCCUGACUGGUGCAUGACCAACGGCUGCCCAGCCUGCGUCGUCCUUCACAUCUUCCACUCUGAACCCCUGAUACGCAUUGUAUCUGUUGCCUGUCGAGUGUCCAACUGGAUGUCCCACGUCGGACUGAUGGAGCCGUCCAUGAAGCUACCAAAUUUCAACUUUUGGACGCAGUCCCUUGCGAAGGCAGUCAUUAAUGACUAUUUCUGGGGCUAUAAUUACUGGAUAGAGACGUAUGACCGAUCAGUAUACAUGGAUCUGAGUACUAGAAAGCUCGUCUAUCAGUGCUUCGAGAUCCGUGAUGCUGGCUAUAAGAUUCCUCAUCGGCCGCUGGGCUAUGACCCAGGCGUCACUGCAGAUGGCAGACCUAGGAUCCAUAUUGAAGAUACCCCACAGCCUUUAUUCAUGCCCGAGGAGAAUAUUGAGCAUGAGAAAUGGGAGGAACUUGUUUUGAUGGCGAAGAAGAAAAGAUCUCGCUCUCACCUACUACCUCGCACUGGAGGUCAAGGGUUUACCCCUCGAAAGCACAGUAGAAACACGGCUGUUGUAGUGUAAGUUAGAAGAGAGGCUAUGUUUAUUGCUCUGGGUUUUUGCCGGGCGUUAAGGAAUGGAUGUACGACCGGGCUCGUUCUAUUAAACCGUACCGUGAUGUUUCGUGUAGUAUGAAUUAUCAGAAAUUCAUUUCUGUCAUUGCUUGCCUGACCUGCUAUAUAUGUAAACUCCACUUAGCCACCCCGUUUCCUGGGCGUCUAUCAUUGCUCAAGUACUCCUGAUCCAACAGACGGCAUGCGGAUUAUAUGUAUGUCCUCGGAUAGGUACACCGCAGAUUCAACUUCGGUUUCUUGUCUAAUAGGCUAUCGUGGGCGAAAUGAUGAUACCAAUAAUUAGUAGGUGGUUUAUAGAAAACAAUAGCAGUCAUCGCCCUGAUUCUGGAAGAAGACACGAAUCAAUACCACAGAAAGGCGUCAAAAAAGUCUGAUAUCCGUCAGCCAGUUCGUAGGGCGUGUGGAUCGCCAAUGUAUCUCACGACCAACUUCAUUCCCUUUAACCGUAUACGCAUUGAGAUCAUAUACGUGUAUCACUCCGAAGCAGGGGAUAAAGACAUUUUGAUUCAUCCUGCUCUAUCAAUCUUCAUCCUUUUAAUCUGUUGAUCAAAGCAUUGAUCAUAGACAAGCUGCUGACAUUUUAAACGGCUGAUAGGUGUUGAUGGCUCUUGGUAUAUCUGCGGUGGUAUUGCCCGACAACCACGAGAAGAGUAAACGGUAAUUGUUCCAUCGUGAUGACAUUUGAAUCAUCUUCAAGAAAUUGGCUGUGAUAAUUGCCCCUUUUUCAUAUAGACCAUACAGGCCCUGGCAUCUGAUAGCUGAGAUAUGGUCGCGAGGCAGUUGGCAUUCUCUGCUAACGAUAUAGAGGGGAUAUGGGUAUCAACUGAUAUAAUUUAUUACAAGGCAGCACAGUAGUUUAUAUCAUCGAUUACUACCAAGGCAGUAAUAUUAGACCAACUCGCAGCUGGGUUUUGAUAAAUAUUAGUACAUUCAGGUUCGUGCUGAACAGUCUGAAUUGGCCCGCCAGACGAGCCAGGAUAUUAUCCAGACUAAUUUCAAUUCCUUCCAUGGACAUUGUUCAUAAGACACGAAGGGCUUCCUCCGCAUUUUGUUUCAAAAAGGCAUGCAGAGCCAGUCAAUCGGUUGGAGACGCGGAUGAGCUGCAAUGAUUCAGCGGGAGUGGGACAAGCCACUCUGCAGUUUGAUCAAAGGAGCUCAUUAAUUGGGACGCCCUAGCGAACGGGACGCAGUUCCGAGGGCAAAUUGAUGGCUGUAUCUGCAUGGUAAACGGGAUGGCUAGGAAUCUCUCUCGUGGGAUGAUGGAUUGUGUUCAAAGAAAGGGUAUAUAUAUCCAGGCAACAAACAAUGUGGCUGUGAAAAUGCGGCCGGAACUCGAACAAAGCUCUCAUCAGGACCCAUGAAUGGCUUGAGACUGCAUCGACGUCUCCUCCAAUACGGCUUGGGUGACUGGCCAGUGUGAAUUGAGGAGCGGUGGAUGUGGCUGUGGACGCAGCAGAGGGCAAAAAGGUGACGUCUCCAACAUGGCCAAAAAAAAUAUAUAGUUAUAUAUCAAGACAACAAACGCCAGGGCAAGAU